AUGCUUGACCGGGAAGCAGAGGCCCUGGUGCAGGAGCUUCUGAGAUCGGACUCCAGAAGAGACCUCACAGGCAUGAUGAUUGAGGGAGGUGGGUUGGAUGGCAGUGGCUCUGCAGCAGUAGCUGGCGUUGAAGCAUCUGCGGGUGUAUUCAGUGAUGGUGGAGAUCCUGUGCUAGGCGCAUCCAAUUCCAGUGUGAAUUUGGCAGGCGGAACACAAGCACAGCAAACUAGUCUGGUGCGUCAGUUACCGGACAGCCCUGCUGAGGGGGAUUGGCGACCAAGGACCCGGACACGCUUUGAUGCGGAAGCUAAGGAGAGAGGGGUGAUAAAACCGAGAAGCAUGCGUGAGAGGAGGAGACGAGAUAAGAUCAGUGAGGGAUUGCAACAGCUGCGGCGGACACUACCAGCAGGAGCAGUGGGACCACAAAUAGACACCGCCGCAAUGAUUGAUGUGGCCAUUUCCCAUAUCACUAAUCUCCAGGCUGGCUCUGACAGCUCAAGUGGUAAUAAAGGAACGAAUGACCGGGAAGACAGCGACAGCAAGAGACGGAUAGACGCUGACGAGGCGAGGGAGCAGCAAGACGGGUUAAUUAUUGAGGAGAGACGCGCGAAUGCGUCUAUACGGAGGUAUCGCAUCAGCCUGUCUGAAGGAGCUGUGAGCGUUGUAGAACCCCCUUCGUCUUCCAUCCCCCCUGCUGCUCCUGGUGCUUCUAACGAGGAUGACAAUAACGGAGGCAGGACUGACCCAGCCCGUAGCGGCCGCCCUCUUUCUCGUAACCCACUUCCCUCCCUUCCCCCCAACCUCCCACACCCCCCACCCGCCCCGCCCCACUUCCCUCCUCCCCCCACUGUCCGCUUCAUCCCAUCUCCCUGCCUUACCUCUUCUCCAUCCCCCUCCCUUCUCCCCCCCUCUCCGUCCCUCCCUUCUCCUCUCCUCUCCUCCCCCUUUCCCUCCCUUUCCCAUCAUCCUCUGGCAAUUCCCGGCUAUGGCAAUUCCCGGUUCGGCAGCAUCUUCGACGAGGAUCCGAAGCAGUGGAGGUUCGUCGCGGACCUCAUCGGCUCGUCCGGGGCAAUCUUCGAACUCGCAACCCCCCUCGCGCCGACCCACUUCCUCCUCCUCGCAUCCCUCGGAAACCUCACAAAAGCAGUUGCGAAAGGGCUCAAAGACCCGUCGGCUAGGGUUAUCCAGACGCACUUUGCCCUGCAGGCGAAUGUGGGGGAGGUGGUGGCGAAGGAGGAGGUGUAUAAGGUGAUGGCGCAGCUGGUGGGGCUGGGCUGUGGCGUGCUGCUGCUCAGCUCGCCCUACAUUGCCGAGUCAUAUUGGAGCCUCGUCACCACGUGGGCUGUGAUUCGCUCCACUCACUUGGCGUUCCGGUUCAAGUCGCUUUCUGUGCUCGAGUUUGACUCUCUGAAUUUCAAGCGCAUGUCCAUCCUUGCCCGAGCGCACGUCUCAGGGGCAACAGAGCUGCCCUCUGUGCAGGCAGUGAACCAGAAGGAGCGCCUCUGGCUGCCUCGCCGACUGACCUCUCCUCGCAUCAACCUCGGCUGCUCCCUUGCUGACUUGUCCGUCCUGCUUGAACAACAGUCAGCCAAUCGAAUGCCAAUCACGGAGCUCCUGGCACUGUAUCGAGACGAGCAGCAUGUGCUUCUAAUGGAUGAUACCGGUGCAUUUUCUGUCAUCUUCAAGCAAGGAGCAUCAAAGGGGACGGUUCUGAGGGUGGUGUGGCAGGCGUGCUGGCUGCAGCAGCAGAGGAGGGAGAGAAGAAGGGAGCAUGGGGCAGAUGGGGAGGAGGUCCACUCUGAUUUGGCUGACAGAAGCGGCGGCAGCAGAAGUGGUGGCGUUGGCAAUAGCAGCAGCAGCAGUGGUGGCAUUGGCAUUCUUCAAGAGUCUCUGAACGCGCUAGGCAGUGAGUUUGAGGGGUUUCUUGGCAAGGCAUCCACUGCUGGGUGGGACACCAACACUCUCGUGGCAAAGGUGCCGCCCUCCGCCCCUCUGCUCAUGCUGGAGUAUGAGGGGUUCCUCGCCCAGGAGACCGCUGCAGGGUGGGACACCAACACUCUCCUGGCAAAGCAGGAGUUUGAGGGCUUCCUUGCCAAGGCAGCUGCUGCAGGGUGGAACACCAACACACUGGUAGCCAAGGUGCCUCCUUCUGCCCCUCUGCUCUGUAAGGCUGCAAUCGCCAGGAGUUGCCACGGUAGACUUGCUGCUGUGUCUUGGAUGACUUUACCUGCUGCUGUUAUCAGGACAGGAGAGGACUGCGUCACUGCGCAUGACCAUGUGACUUUUGAGUCGACUCAAAAGACAGGACAGGAGAGGGCUGCGUCACUGCGCAUGACCAUCAACUAG